AUGAGAUCGAAUGAAUUUGUUCGGGUCCGAGUGCUCGCCUUCUUCUUUUUUGCCGCCGUCGCCGAUUCGUCGUAUUGUCCGAUGAGACACAUUCAUUCAUCGACACCAACCACCGGCUUCAUCGAAUCGCCCGGCUACCCAUCUCCAUAUUCGGCGCCGCUCGAUUGCAUCUUCAACAUCACCACCGCACCAUCCAACGUCAUCCAGCUCGCGUUCGUCAAUUUCGAUUUGGCUGACACGAGUCCGCUGAGUAAUCAAUGCUUGGAUGCUUAUCUCAUUAUUGUCGUCGUCGAUCGACAUGGAAAACAUCAUGUCGGCGAGCGAUUGUGCGGAAAUACAUUGCCACCGGCUAUUAAUACAAUGCAAUGGUGGCUUCAGGUGCAAUUUGUGACGACUUCGGCAAAAACUGGAAAUCGCGGAUUUCGAAUUCAAUAUCGAAUUUUGUCUGAAGCGGCCAUCAAAGAGCCCGACUCAUUCAUCAGUGAUCCAAAAUUCGGCGAAUGCGGCGGUCAUACGCAACCCGGACAAUUGUCCGGCGAAAUCAUCUCGCCCGGCUAUCCGUUGACGUAUCCGAAAAAUUCCACGUGUAAUUGGCUGAUACGCGUCGAAGCUCGUCAAAGAAUCUACAUUCGUGUCGUUCAUUUGCAUUUGGCGCCGACAAUUGCGGAAUGCGAGCGAGCUUCUCUGGUGAUAAUGGAUGGCUAUAAGCACGAGGAGAAUCCGAACGAGCGCAAAGAUUCGUCGGAAAUCUCCGAGGCGAAAUUUUGCGGAAGUCAACUGUAUUAUGCCGAAGAAGGAAUGAAAAGCUAUCUGAGCAGUGCGAAUCGACUAUUAGUGAGAUUCACUUCACAAGAAGGACCGCCAUUAUCAAUGGAGGAUGAAAUGGAGAAGCGGGUUGGAUUCAAGAUAAUCUGGACGGCCGUGGAAGGCCUCGACGGCGAAACGACGUCAAGCAGCGAGGAUGUCGAAGAGCAAUCGCAAUCGUGUCAGGGCCACUUCACAUGCCACGGCGGACAAGUCUGCAUUGAGCAGGGAGGCGGCAUUUGUGCGUCACGGUCUCGCCUAUGCAUUCAUCGAUCAUUGAUCUGCGACGGUGUUCAUAACUGUGUCGAAGGAGACUUUUCCGAUGAACAACAUUGCUACUCUCGCGAGAUCGUGUUCGUCUCAUGCGGCGUGUUCACGUUCAUCAUCUCGUUGAUGCUCAUCUUCGUGUGCUGCGAUCAAAUCCGAAAACGUCGGCGUCUACGCGAGCUGAUCCGCGAACGACGCGCCACUUCCAACGGCAAAUGCUCGGCGCCGAAGCCGGUCCGAUUGCCGCCGAAUCGGUGA